UUUCCACGAGGCGGAGAGAGAGAGAGAGAGAGAGAGAGGGGAGGAGAGAGGAGAGAGAAGCGAGAGCGAUCCCUCCCUUCGCUACCUACGGUCCCGUCCAUUUCCCUCUCCGUCGCUCUCUUCGGAGAUUACAUUAAUGUUAUUGCCCCAUCAUGUAGAUCUGAACCUGCACUAAUGCAGGCGCAACUACUUUUCCUAUUCUUCAAAGUUGCAAGGUGAACAUGUCAGGAACAGCCCUGAGAGAUCUUAACGUACUUCCACUUACAGAAUUAGAAAAGUUACAUGAAAGCUCUGCUAAAGGAAAUAUCACUAAGCAUUAUAUCUGGAACGGCAAUGAGAGUAUUGAUAAGUCGCAGAGCAAGAAUCCUCCCUCUGUGACCUCUUCUCCACUAAAUGAGGUUAAUGCUGCAGUUAAUGGAUCAGAAGUUGGGAAUUCAGAAAUCGAGUAUAUAGAAUCUGAGAACCUGACAGAUCUUUCAGAUGUUGAUUCCAGUCUUACUACACUAGUUAAAAGAUUGGACUCAAAGGAUUGGAUGGUGAUAUGUGAAGCAUUGAAUAAUGUUCGCCAACUAUCGAUAUACCACAAGGAAAAGCUGUUUGAGCUGUUGGGAAUUGUGAUUCCACUGAUUGUGAAGUCGGUAAAAAAUCCGAGGAGUGCGGUCUGUAAAACUGCAAUUAUGACAUCGGCAGACAUCUUUAAGGUUUACAAUGAUUUAAUAGUUGAUUCACUUGAUCCACUGCUUGUACAACUGCUUCUGAAAUCUUCACAAGACAAACGCUUCGUUUGUGAAGCGGCUGAGGCAGCCCUAAUAGCCAUGACAACUUGGGUCUCUCCUUCUGCAUUGUUGCCAAAAUUGCACCCGUAUCUCAAGAACAAGAAUCCUCGAGUACGAGCAAAGGCAUCAAUGUGUUUCAGCAGGAGUGUUCCUCAACUUGGAAUAGAUGGAAUUAAAUCAUAUGGGAUCGAUAAGCUAAUCCAGAUUGCGGCAUCUCAGCUUAGCGACCAACUACCUGAAUCGAGGGAGGCUGCUCGGAUCCUUGCAUUAGAAUUGCAAACCUUCUAUGGAAAGUUUCAAGCCCAAACUUCCAAAGAUUCUCUCGAGGAAUCGGACAUCGAUUCUUGGGAAUCCUUUUGCCAAAAACAGCUUCCUCCCUUAAGUGCUCAAGCAAUUCUGCGUGUCACUUGCGCUCCAAAAGAAGGUAUGACUGCUGGUUCCUAGCACGAAGUAAUGCUUUCGGAUGUUAGAUUUCUUUUACUUUUUUGGUGUACAUGCUAUUAUGACUGUGGGAAUGAUCAAUUACGGCUUGGGCUAUUUGUUGAGGGGCUCUAAAUGGCUUAUGAUUUUUGUUAUGGUUGUCCAUAUUGAUUUUCUAGUCUUGACCAUCUUCUUCCUAAUUGUUGGUUUUGUCGAUCAGUUUCAGUUUAUUGCUUUAAUUGUUCGAUUUCGAUCAAUCUUUGCCAAUGGAAAUUUUUGUAGGCUUGACUUAA